AUGGCAGAAGGAGCUGAGGGAGAAGAUGAAAUUCAGUUCUUACGAACAGAUGACCAGGUGGUUCUACAGUGCACAGCUACUAUCCUGAAGGAGCAGAUCAAACUCUGCCUGUCCUGUGAGGGUUUUGGGAAUCGCUUGUGCUUUCUGGAAACUACAUCCAAUGCCCAGAAUGUUCCUCCUGAUCUGGCCAUAUGCUGCUUUAUCCUGGAGCAAUCCUUAUCUGUGCGGGCCCUUCAGGAAAUGCUGGCUAACACAAAUGAUCUUGAGUCUUCACAAGGAGGAGGCCACCGCACGUUGUUGUAUGGCCAUGCUAUCCUUCUCAGACACACUCACUCUAGCAUGUACCUUAGCUGUUUGACAACAUCAAGGUCACUCACCGACAAGCUGGCCUUUGACGUGGGCUUGCAGGAGGACUCGACAGGUGAGGCAUGUUGGUGGACCAUUCACCCUGCAUCCAAGCAGAGGUCAGAGGGUGAGAAGGUCAGGGUGGGCGAUGAUCUCAUCCUGGUCAGCGUGUCCUCUGAGAGAUAUCUGCACCUGUCCUAUGCCAGCGGAGACCUCAUGGUGGACGCUUCUUUCAUGCAGACCCUCUGGAACAUGAACCCAGUCUGUUCUGGCUGUGAGCUGGCAGAGGGCUAUCUGACUGGAGGGCAUGUUCUGCGUCUGUUCCACGGGCACAUGGAUGAGUGUUUAGCAAUUCCUGCUGCUGACCAGGGCGACGACCAGAGACGAAAUGCACACUAUGAAGGUGGAGCCGUGUGCAGCCACGCCAGAUCUCUCUGGAGACUGGAGCCUCUUCGCAUUGGGUGGAGUGGUAGCCACAUGAAGUGGGGUCAGUCCUUCAGGGUGCGUCACAUCACAACAGGCAGGUAUCUGUGCCUGGAUGAAGAGAAAGGACUCCUGAUUGUGGACCCGGAAAAAGCGAAUACGAAGAACUCUGCUUUCUGCUUUCGUGCUUCUAAGGAGAAGACCGAGGUGGCUCAGAAACGUGACGUGGAAGGAAUGGGGAUCCCAGAGAUCAAGUACGGAGAGUCCAUGUGCUUUGUGCAGCAUGUCUCCACUAGCCUGUGGCUCACGUAUGCCUCAGUGGAUGCCAAGUCUGCUCGACUGGGGCCACUGAAGAGAAAGGCAAUACUGCAUCAGGAGGGUCACAUGGACGAUGCUCUGACUGUGGCCCGCUCUCAAACCGCAGAAUCCCAGGCUGCUAGGAUGAUCUACAGCACUGCGGGACUCUUCACUCAGUUCAUUAAGGGUCUGGACUCUCUGAGUGGGAAAAGUAAAUCUCCUGGUCCGUCCCCAUCUCUGCCUCUAGACUCCAUUGUUCUGUCCUUGCAGGAUCUCAUCUUCUAUUUCCGCCCUCCUGAUGAGGACCUGGAACACGAAGAGAAGCAGACCAAACUGCGCUCUUUAAGGAACCGUCAGAAUCUAUUUCAAGAGGAGGGCAUGAUCACUCUCGUAUUGGACUGUGUUGAUCGGCUGAAUUUCUACAACACUUCGGCCCACUUCUCAGAAUUUGCUGGGGAAGAUGCAGCUGAGUCCUGGAAAGAGAUUGUCAACUUAUUUUAUGAGCUGCUGGCAUCUCUGAUCAGAGGAAACCGGGCAAACUGUGCUUUGUUCUGUGAUAAUCUUGACUGGCUUGUCAGCAAACUGGAUCGUUUAGAGGCAUCCUCAGGCAUUUUGGAGGUGCUGUAUUGUAUCCUUAUUGAAAGUCCUGAGGUGCUUAACAAUCAGGAGAACCACAUCAAAUCUAUCAUCGCGCUUCUGGACAAACAUGGACGCAACCACAAGGUUCUAGAUGUACUUUGCUCUCUAUGUGUUUGUAAUGGUGUUGCCGUGAGGUCCAAUCAGAAUCUGAUCACUGAGAAUCUGCUUCCGGGCCGUGACCUCCUCCUGCAGACCAACAUCAUCAAUUAUGUCACCAGUAUGAGACCCAACAUUUUUCUGGGCACGUGUGAAGGCUCUACACAAUAUAAGAAGUGGUACUACGAGUUGAUCGUAGACCACGUGGAGUCAUUCCUGACCGCUCAGGCGUGUCACCUUCGAAUUGGCUGGGCUUUGACCGAGGGCUACAGCCCCUACCCCGGAGGAGGAGAGGGAUGGGGGAGCAAUGGAGUUGGAGAUGAUCUUUUCUCGUACGGCUUUGAUGGGCUGCAGCUGUGGACGGGUCGCGUUCCACGUCAGGUGACUUCACCCAAUCAACACAUUCUCGCGGCUGAGGAUGUGGUGAGCUGCUGUUUGGAUCUGAGUGUGCCCAGCAUCUCCUUCCGUGUUAAUGGACAUCCCGUUCAAGGCAUGUUCGAGAACUUCAAUCUCGACGGUCUGUUUUUCCCUGCGGUCAGCUUCUCAGCUGGGAUCAAAGUUCGGUUUCUCCUUGGCGGGCGGCAUGGAGACUUCAAAUUCCUCCCUCCUCCAGGUUACGCCCCAUGCUACGAGGCGGUUCUUCCCAGAGAUAGGCUGCGGAUUGAGCCCAUUAAAGAGUACAAGCAUGACUUCAAUAAUGUCCGGAACCUUCUGGGGCCGACCCAAUCUCUCUCCCACACUGCUUUCACUCCCUGCCCAGUGGACACUGUGCAGAUUGUUCUUCCUCCUCACCUAGAGCGUAUCAGAGAGAAACUGGCUGAGAACAGCCACGAGCUGUGGGCCGUUACUCGAAUUGAGCAGGGCUGGACUUAUGGAGCAUUCCGUGAUGACAACAAGAAGCUGCAUCCUUGCCUAGUGGACUUCCAAAGCCUCCCGGAGCCUGAGAAGAACUACAACUUGGCAAUGUCCGGAGAGACACUGAAGACUCUUCUGGCCUUAGGUUGUCAUGUAGGCAUGGGAGACGAGAAAGCAGAGGAGAACUUGAAGAAGAUAAAACUUCCUAAAACGUAUAUCCAAAGUAAUGGAUACAAACCUGCUCCUCUAGACCUCAACUAUGUGAAAUUGACACCGAAUCAGAACACACUUGUGGAAAGGCUGGCUGAAAAUGGACACAAUGUCUGGGCUCGAGACCGUGUCCGCCAAGGCUGGACUUACAGCAUUAUUCAGGACAUUGUGAACAAGCGCAACCCCCGUCUUGUGCCAUACAAUCUCCUGGAUGAAAAGACUAAAAAAACCAAUCGUGACAGUGUAUGUGCUGCCGUACGAACUCUGAUUGGCUAUGGCUACAAUAUUGAGCCACCUGACCAGGAAAGCAGUGGACAUGGGAAUGGCAGUGGUCGGAGUGAUAAGAUCCGCGUGUUCAGGGCAGAGAAAUCCUACGCGGUGACCCAGGGGAAAUGGUACUUUGAGUUUGAGGCAGUAACAGUGGGAGAGAUGAGAGUUGGGUGGGCAAGACCAAACGUCCAUGCAGACCGAGAGCUGGGAUCAGAUGAUCUAGCCUAUGUCUUCAAUGGGUUCAAGUCUCAGCGUUGGCACAUAGGGAAUGAACCAUUUGGCCGGCAGUGGCUGUCUGGUGAUGUUGUGGGCUGCAUGAUCGACCUGCCGGAGCAGAACAUCAUGUUUACUCUGAAUGGAGAGAUGCUCAUCAGUGACUCUGGAUCUGAGAUGGCCUUCAAAGACAUUGAGAUCGGAGAAGGGUUCAUACCUGUCUGCAGUCUGGGGAUGUCCCAGGUGGGCCGUAUCAACCUUGGGCAGAAUGUGAGCAGCCUGCGUUACUUCACAAUCUGUGGCCUGCAGGAAGGUUUCGAGCCCUUUGCCAUCAACAUGAAGAGAGAUAUUACCAUGUGGUUCAGCAAAAGCUUGCCCCAGUUUGUGCCUGUACCAAUGGACCAUCCUCAUAUUGAGGUGUGCCGUGUGGAUGGAACAGUGGAUAGCGCCCCCUGUCUGAAACUGACUCAUAGGACAUUUGGAUCUCAGAAUGCCAACACGGACCUUCUGUUCUUUAGACUCAGCAUGCCCAUAGAAUUUCACGAAACCUUCAAAGUGCCAGUGGGAGCUUCACCCCUCACCCGAACCCUCACUAUCCCUGAGGAUGAAGCUCUUGAGGUGGACCCCGAAUCUGAGUUUGAGCUUUUGAAGAAGUCAGCCACUCGUAAGGAGCAAGAUGAGAAGGAAAAAGAGCCUUCAGUCCCUAAAGAGCUUCCUGGCAGCAAAGAGGGUGAAAAUGAGAAGGACACCACCACAGAGAAGAGCAAAAAGAGAGGGUUUUUUUCCAAGGCGAAGAAGGCAGCAUUCACCCCACCACCGGUGGUUCCAACGAUGCCUCGUCUGAUGGAGGAUGUUGUCCCAGAUGAUCGAGAUGAUGCUGAUAUCAUCUCAAACACAACUACUUAUUAUUAUUCAGUCCGAGUAUUUGCUGGACAGGAGCCCAGUGGAGUAUGGGUAGGCUGGGUCACUCCUGACUACCACCUGUACGAUCCACACUUUGACCUUUGUAAAGUCAGAAAUGUGACCGUUACGGUUGGGGACGAUAAAGGCAACAUUCAUGACAGUGUAAAACGCAGCAACUGCUACAUGGUGUGGGGAGGAGAAUUUAGCAGCUCACAGCAAACACGCAUCAGCCAGGAGGACUUUGUGAUUGGCUGCUUGGUGGACCUGGACACAGGACUGAUGACCUUUACAGCCAAUGGGAAAGAGAUCCACGCUUUCUACCAGGUGGAACCCAACACUAAGCUCUUCCCUGCUGUGUUUUGUUUGCCAUCUAGCCAGAACAUGAUACAGGUGGAACUCGGCAAACUAAAGAACAUUAUGCCCAUCUCUGCGGCCAUGUUCCGCAGCGACCAUAAGAACCCAGUCCCUCAGUGUCCUCCCAGGCUAGAUGUCCAGAUGUUGACACCUGUCAUAUGGAGCCGGAUGCCUAAUCACUUUCUGGAGCCUGAAACUGGCCGUGUGAGUGAAAGGCAGGGCUGGAAGGUGCAAUGCAUGGAGCCUCUCGUUAUGAUGGCGCUGCACAUUCCAGAAGAAAGCAGGUGCAUUGACAUCCUGGAACUGUCGGAGCACACCGACCUAAUGAAAUUUCAUUACCACACUCUUAAACUGUAUGGUUCAGUCUGCGCACUGGGCAACAACCGCGUCGCACACGCCCUCUGCAGCCACGUGGACGAAUCGCAGCUCUUUUACGCCAUCGAGAACACCUACCUGCCCGGCCCCAUCCGCAGCGGAUACUACGACCUGCUCAUCUCCAUGCACCUGGAGUCUGCCAAGCGCAACCGUCUCAUGACCAAUAAGGAGUUCAUUGUGCCCAUGACGGACGAGACGCGUAGCAUCACCCUCUAUUCAGACGCUGAGAAGGCCCAUGCGCUACCUGGGGUCGGGCUCACCACCUGCCUCCGCCCCAAACUUCACUUUGCCCCAACUGGGUUUGUGGGCACAAAUGCUGACCUCUACACUCUCAGCCCCAUCUUACCUCUACAGAUGCUUAAGGACCAUGCCCUCAACAUGCUUACCGAAGCCGUGCAGGACGGUGGGCAGGCCAUGCGGGAUCCCGUAGGGGGCAGCGUUGAGUUCCACUUCGUGCCCAUCCUGAAGCUAAUCAGCACCCUGCUCAUAAUGGGCGUGUUUGACGACAACGACGUUAAGCACAUCCUGAAGCUGAUCGAACCCUCCGUCUUCAAGGGUGAGGAAGAAGAUCUUGAGGAGGAUGAGCUUGAACCUGAGGAGGACGAGGAAUAUGAGCUGGUGGGAAAAGAAGGGAAGGAGGACGAACAUGCUGCGGAAAAAACGGACAUGGAGAAAGCGACAGAUGGAGAAGCUGAGAAAGAAACUGGUGCCGCUGAGACAGAAGUGAAGGAAGAGGAGGAUGUGGGAGAGGGACUGCUGCACAUGAAGCUUCCUGAGUCUGUGAAACUUCAGAUGUGUACUCUCCUGCAAUAUUUCUGUGACUGUGAGCUGCGUCACAGAGUGGAAACCAUCAUCGCUUUCUCAGACAGGUUUGUCAACCAAGUGCAGACCAAUCAGAGACAGCGAUAUAAUGAGCUCAUGCAGGCCUUUACGAUGAGUGCUGCAGAAACGGCCCGCAAGACUCGCGAAUUCCGGUCCCCUCCACAGGAACAGGUGAACAUGUUGAUGAACUUUAAGAAUUGUCCAGAGGAUGAAGAUAGCCCCGUUCCUGAGGAUGUCCGGAAUGGCCUGGUGACAUUUCACCAUGACCUUUUGGGUCACUGUGGAGUGCAUAUUGAAGAGGAGGAGCAAGAAGAGGUGGUGGACACCUCUCUCCGUGGGCGCCUCUUGAGACUGGUGGAGAAAGUUAGGCGCUUACGCAAGAAGCCGGAGGCAGAGCCUGAACCUGAAGAAGACAAAAAACCCAGUACUCUGCAGGAGUUGAUCUCCCACACCAUGAUCCACUGGGCUCAGGAGUCUUUCAUUCAGAACCCUGAGCUGGUGCGGCUCAUGUUCAGUCUGCUACACCGGCAGUAUGAUGCCCUGGGUGAGCUGAUCCGAGCAUUGCCCAAAGCCUACACAAUCAACGCUGUGUCUGUGCAAGACACAAUGGAGCUACUGGAGUGUCUGGGGCAGAUCCGAUCCCUGCUCAUUGUUCAGAUGGGGCCAGAAGAGGAGAGGCUGAUGAUCCAAAGUAUUGGAAAUAUUAUGAGCAACAGGGUAUUCUACCAGCACCCCAACCUGAUGAGAGCUCUGGGAAUGCAUGAGACAGUCAUGGAGGUUAUGGUGAACGUACUUGGAGGUGGUGAUUCAAAGGAGAUCAGAUUCCCUCGAAUGGUGACCAACUGCUGUCGUUUCCUGUGUUAUUUCUGUCGUAUCAGCAGACAGAAUCAGCGUUCAAUGUUUGAUCAUCUGGGCUACCUCCUGCAGAACAGUGGGAUUGGGCUGGGAAUGCGUGGCUCUACUCCCCUUGAUGUUGCUGCUGCAUCCUGUAUUGACAACAAUGAACUUGCUCUGGCUCUCCAAGAGCAAGACUUGGAGAUGGUGGUGAAGUACUUGGCUGGUUGUGGCCUGCAGAGCUGCCCCAUGCUCUUAUCUAAAGGUUACCCUGAUAUUGGGUGGAAUCCAUGUGGAGGAGAGAAAUAUCUGGAUUUCUUGCGUUUUGCUGUGUUUGUUAAUGGAGAGAGCGUGGAGGAGAAUGCUAACGUGGUGGUCCGGCUGCUGAUCAGGAGGCCCGAGUGUUUUGGUCCUGCACUGAGAGGAGAAGGGGGCAAUGGUCUGCUUGCUGCCAUUGAAGAGGCCAUUAAGAUCUCAGAAGAUCCUGCAAGAGAUGGACCCACUGUUAAAAAAGACAGACGCUUCCCAAUGUAAGGAAAAGAGCAUCUCUGUGAGGAACAGCAUGAGGAGAACAGAGUUCACCUGGGAAAUGCCAUCAUGUCCUUUUACUCAGCUCUUAUUGAUUUGCUGGGUCGCUGUGCUCCUGAAAUGCACUUGAUCCAGGCUGGUAAAGGUGAGGCUUUGAGAAUCAGGGCCAUUCUUAGGUCUCUUGUGCCUAUUGAAGAUCUUGUUGGUGUGAUCAGCUUGCCAGUCCAGAUACCUGCUUUUGGAAAAGAUAACAGCGUUAUUGAACCAAAGAUGUCUGCUAGUUUCGUGCCUGAUCAUAAAGCACCAAUGGUCCUGUUCCUGGACAGAGUUUACGGCAUCGACAACCAGGACUUCCUGUUGCAUGUACUAGAAGUGGGCUUCCUGCCUGACAUGAGGGCAGCAGCUUCCUUAGACACAGCUGCGUUCAGCACUACAGAAAUGGCCCUUGCUCUGAACCGUUACCUGUGCUCCGCUGUGCUGCCUCUCAUCACUAAAUGUGCUCCUUUGUUCGCCGGGACGGACCACCGCGCCAUCAUGAUCGACUCUAUGCUUCACACCAUCUACAGGCUGUCCCGAGGACGCUCUUUUACCAAAGCUCAAAGAGAUGUUAUCGAGGAAUGUCUCAUGUCUUUGUGCAGGUACUUGCGUCCUUCCAUGCUUCAGCACCUCCUCAGGCGGCUGGUGUUUGACGUUCCGAUUCUGAAUGAGUAUGCUAAAAUGCCCCUUAAGCUGCUUACUAAUCAUUAUGAGCGUUGUUGGAAAUAUUAUUGUUUGCCCAAUGGCUGGGCUAACUUUGGCGUAUCAUCAGAGGAAGAGCUUCAUCUCACUCGUAAACUCUUCUGGGGAAUUUUUGAAUCUCUGGCUCACAAGAAAUUUGAUGCAGAGCUAUUUAAAAUUGCCAUGCCUUGCAUAUGUGCGAUUGCUGGAGCAAUUCCUCCCGAUUAUGUAGACGCCAGCUACUCCUCCAAAACCGAGAAAAAGGCUUCUGUUGAUGCUGAGGGCAACUUUGACCCCAAACCUGUUGAUACCACUAACACUAUCAUUCCUGAGAAGUUGGAUGGUUUCAUCAACAGAUAUGCAGAAUACACACAUGACAGAUGGGCUUUUGAAAAGAUCCAAAACAACUGGACUUUUGGUGAGGUGUUGGAUGAAAAUGCCAAGACUCAUCCAAUGCUCAGGCCUUACAAAACAUUCUCUGAAAAGGAUAAAGAAAUCUACCGCUGGCCUAUUAAAGAGUCCGUGAAAGCCAUGAUUGCCUGGGAGUGGACAUUGGACAAAGCCAGAGAUGGAGAUGACGAGAAAACAGAGAAGACAGCACGCAAGAUCUCACAGACUGCACAGGCGACCUAUGACCCCAGUCAUGGCUAUAGCCCUCAGCCCAUUGACAUCUCAGGCAUGACACUGUCCAGAGAGCUACAGUCCAUGGCAGAGCAGCUUGCAGAAAACUACCAUAACACUUGGGGCCGCAAGAAGAAAAUGGAGUUACAGUCAAAAGGUGGAGGGACACACCCUUUGCUUGUGCCUUAUGACACACUGACAGCUAAAGAAAAGGCACGAGAUAGGGAGAAAGCAUAUGAGCUGCUCAAGUUUCUACAGCUCCAUGGAUAUGCUGUGACAAGGGGGCUCAAAGAUAUGGAAAGUGACAUUUCAUCAAUUGAGAAGCGUUUUACCUAUGGCUUCCUACAGAAGCUGCUAAAGUGGAUGGACAUUGCCCAGGAGUUCAUAGCACAUCUUGAGGCAGUUGUGAGCAGUGGCCGUGUGGAAAAGUCGCCGCACGAACAAGAGAUUAAGUUCUUUGCCAAGAUUCUUCUACCUUUGAUAAAUCAGUAUUUUAAAAACCACUGCCUCUACUUCCUCUCCACGCCGGCCAAAAUCCUGGGCAGUGGCGGACACGCCUCAAACAAGGAAAAAGAGAUGAUUGCAAGUAUCUUCUGUAAGAUGUCUGCCCUGGUGCGACACAGAGUGUUUCUCUUUGGUACGGAUGCACCUGCUAUUGUCAACUGCCUUCAUAUCCUUGCACGCUCACUUGAUGCCAGAACUGUGAUGAAAUCCGGGCCUGAGAUCGUAAAAGCAGGGCUGCGUUCGUUCUUUGAGAGUGCGGCUGAUGACAUUGAAAAGAUGGUGGAAAACCUCAAACUUGGCAAAGUGUCCAAAGGCAAUCAGCCAGUGAAAGGCGUGUCUCAGAAUAUUAACUACACCACAACAGCUCUGCUCCCUGUCCUCACUUCGCUGUUUGACCAUAUCGCUCAGCACCAAUUUGGAGAUGAUGUUAUGUUGGACGAUUUGCAGAUGUCAUGCUACCGAAUCAUGUGUAGCAUCUACUCUCUUGGUACAGUAAAAACACCUCAUGCAGAGAGGCAUAGACCAGCCCUUGGAGAAUGUCUUGCUCAUCUUGCCGCAGCCAUGCCUGUGGCCUACCUGGAGCCCAAUCUUAAUGAGUAUAAUGCGUUUUCAGUCUACACUACCAAGACACCCAGAGAAAGAACUAUCCUGGGCCUUCCGAACCAUGUCCAAGAGCUGUGUUUGGACAUUCCUGAGCUAGACAUAUUAUUGAAAGAGAUUGGAGACCUGGCUGAAUCCGGGGCUCGCUACACCGAAAUGCCGCAUGUGAUCGAGGUCACCCUGCCCAUGCUAUGUAACUACCUACCCCGCUGGUGGGAGAGAGGAGUGGAGAACUUUCCCGAAUUGGAGGGUAAGCUGUGUACAGACGUCACCUCCGAUCACCUCAACCAGCUCCUAGGAAGUAUCAUGAAAAUUGUGGUCAACAACUUGGGAAUUGACGAAGCUUCGUGGAUGAAGAGGCUUGCGGUGUUCUCCCAGCCCAUUGUGAGCCGAGCCAAACCAGAGAUGCUCAAAUCCCAUUUCAUUCCCACCAUGGAGAAGCUGAAGAAGCGAACGUCUAAAGUAGUGGCUGAGGAGGAGCACCUGCGAAUGGAGGGGAAAUCUGAGGGGGAUGAGGAGGAAGGAACUAUUAGAGAUGAAUUUGCAGUUCUCUGUAGGGACCUGUAUGCUCUUUACCCUCUUCUCAUCCGCUAUGUGGAUAACAACAGAGCAAGAUGGCUGACAUGUCGCGACCCAGAUGCCGAGGAACUGUUCCGUAUGGUCGGCGAGGUCUUUAUCUUCUGGUCCAAAUCUCAUAAUUUCAAGCGAGAGGAGCAAAACUUUGUGGUGAUGAAUGAAAUCAACAAUAUGUCAUUCCUCACUGCUGACAGUAAGAGCAAAAUGAGCAAGACCGGGGACUCUGAGGCUGGUGGCUCGGAUGUGGAGCGUACCAAGAAAAAGAGACGUGGAGAUCGAUACUCUGUUCAAACGUCCCUCAUUGUAGCAUCCCUGAAGAAAAUGCUUCCCAUUGGACUUAACAUGUGCUCUCCUGCAGACCAGGAGCUCAUUAACCUGGCCAAGACACGCUAUUCUUUGAAAGACACAGAUGAGGAGGUGAGAGAGUUCUUGCAAAAUAACCUGCACCUCCAGGGCAAGGUCGAUAACCCGUCUAUGCGCUGGCAGAUGGCACUGUAUAAGGAAAUGGCUGGAAAGGCAGAAGAUGCAGAUGCUCCAGAGAAAGUGGUGAAGCGGGUUCAGGAGGUCUCUGCGGUUCUCUACCACAUUGAAGUGACAGAGCAUCCUUUCAAGUCCAAAAAAAUGGUUUGGCACAAACUGCUGUCGAAGCAACGGCGUAGAGCGGUGGUGGCCUGUUUCAGGAUGACUCCCCUUUACAACUUACCCAGGCAUAGAGCAUCUAACAUGUUCCUGGAUGGGUACAAGCGGAACUGGAUCCACACCGAAGGAUAUUCCUUUGAGGACAGGAUGAUUGAUGACCUAUCUAAAGCAAUGGAGGAGGAAGAAGAGGAGGAAGAGGAAAAGGAGACAAAGCCAGACCCUCUUCAUCAGCUCAUCCUUCACUUUAGUCGCACUGCCCUCACUGAGAAGAGUAAAUUGGAUAUAGAUUACUUAUACAUGGCAUAUGCUGAUAUCAUGGCUAAGAGUUGCCACAUCGGUGAAGAGGAUGAGGGGGGAGAGGAGGAGGGUGGAGAGGAUGAGAUGUCCUUUGAGGAAAAAGAGAUGGAAAAGCAAAGACUCCUCUACCAGCAGUCCCGUCUACACAACCGAGGGGCUGCUGAGAUGGUCCUACAGAUGAUUAGUGCCUGCAAGGGUGAGACAGGGUGCAUGGUCUCUUCCACCUUAAAACUUGGUAUUUCUAUUCUAAAUGGCGGGAACUGCGAGGUCCAACAGAAAAUGCUGGAAUAUCUGAAAGACAAGAAAGAUGUGGGUUUCUUCCUCAGUGUCCAGGCUCUAAUGCAGACAUGCAGUGUUUUGGACCUGAACGCUUUUGAGAGGCAGAAUAAAGCAGAGGGUCUAGGUAUGGUGUCAGAGGAGGGAACAAACAUGAAGCUAGAACGGGGUGAGAAGGUGAUGGCUGAUGAUGAGUUCACUUGUGACCUCUUCCGCUUUCUGCAGCUCCUCUGUGAGGGUCACAACAAUGACUUCCAGAAUUACCUCAGAACACAGACAGGCAGCACCACCACCAUCAAUGUCAUUAUCUGCACAGUGGAUUACCUGCUUAGACUACAGGAGUCUAUCAGUGAUUUCUACUGGUAUUACUCAGGAAAAGACAUCAUAGAUGAACCAGGCAAGAGAAACUUCUCUAAAGCCAUGGCUGUGGCCAAACAGGUGUUCAACAGCCUUACCGAGUAUAUCCAGGGUCCCUGCACAGGCAACCAGCAAUCCCUGGCCCACAGUCGCCUGUGGGAUGCUGUGGUGGGCUUUCUGCAUGUGUUUGCCCAUAUGAUGAUGAAACUGGCUCAGGAUUCCAGUCAGAUUGGUCUCCUGAAGGAAUUGUUGGACCUUCAGAAAGACAUGGUGGUCAUGCUAUUGUCUUUGUUGGAGGGUAAUGUCGUAAAUGGCACCAUUGCUCGGCAAAUGGUGGACAUGCUAGUGGAAUCCUCCAGUAACGUAGAAAUGAUCCUUAAAUUCUUCGACAUGUUCCUCAAGCUAAAGGACAUUGUUGCAUCCGAUGCAUUCCGCGACUAUGUGACAGACCCCAGAGGUUUGAUAUCCAAGAAGGACUUCCAGAAAGCCAUGGACAGCCAGAAACAGUACACACCUUCAGAGAUCCAGUUUCUAUUGUCCUGCUCUGAGGCAGAUGAGAAUGAGAUGAUUCAUUAUGAGGAGUUCGCCAAUCGGUUCCAGGAGCCAGCAAAAGAUAUCGGAUUUAACAUAGCGGUGCUGCUAACUAACCUCUCUGAACACGUUCCUCAUGAUACCAGGUUGCAGAACUUCCUCGAACAAGCUGAGAGCGUUCUGAACUAUUUCCGCCCAUUCUUGGGUCGCAUUGAGAUAAUGGGCGCCAGCAGGAAGAUUGAGAGAAUCUACUUCGAGAUCAGUGAGGUGAAUCGUAAACAGUGGGAGAUGCCUCAAGUCAAAGAAUCCAAGCGGCAGUUCAUAUUCGAUGUGGUCAACGAGGGCGGCGAAUCGGAGAAGAUGGAGCUUUUUGUGAACUUCUGUGAGGACACCAUCUUCGAGAUGAAUAUUGCUUCACAGAUUUCUGAGCAGGAUGAGGAGGAGAGAGAAGAGGAUGAUGAGGAGGAACCUGAAGGAGGCGGCGGUGAUGAAGAGGGAGGUGGUGGUGAGGAGGGCCAGCCAGAAUCAAGCUCUGCCUUUGCCGAUUUCAUCCAAAGCGUCAUGAAUUUCCUGGGCAUGUUCACCUUUAGGAAUAUUCGCAGACAGUACCGUAGGCUCAGAAAGAUGACCAUCAAGGAAAUUGUGGUAGGUCUUGUUACCUUCCUGUGGACAAUCCUCAUGGGCAUCCUCCAUUUCAUUUACAGUGUGUGCAAAGGUUUCUUCCUGCUCAUCUGGCAUACACUUUUUGGAGGAGGUUUAGUUGAAGGCGCUAAAAACAUCACUGUGACCGAGUUACUGGCAAGCAUGCCGGAUCCUACUCAGGAUGAGGUGCACGGAGACCUUCCUGGGGAACCGAGGGGUCGAGAGGAGCAGGAUACUGGUGGGAUAACAGACUCAAUGGAAGCAGGAGGGGGAGAGGAAGAGGAUGAGGACACCCAGGAAAACGAUGGUGGGAAGAUUCCUGGCAUCGAUACACCUGGUGGACUUGGCGAUAUGGGUGACACGACCCCCGUGGAACCACCAACUCCAGAGGGCACUCCGUUAAUGAAGAGGAAAAUGAAAACAGAAGCAGGACCUGAGCAACCUCCUGCUAUCGAAGAACGUCCUCCUGAACCUGAGAAAGCAGACACUGAGAAUAGAGAGAAGGCAGAGAAAGAGGCAGAGGUCAAGCCUGACACAACACCAGAAGAACCAAAACCUAAGAAAGCCACUAAAGCAAAGGAGGAGAAGAAAUCCAAAGAAGGAGGAUUUGAGCUCUGGAAUGAGCUGGAUGUUCAAAGAAAUAAAUUCAUGAACUGUUUGUCCCGUAACUUCUACAACCUUCGUUUCCUGGCUUUGUUCAUCUCCUUCGCCUUGAACUUCAUUCUUCUCUUCUACAAGGUAUCUGAUACUCCUCGCGAUGCUGAUGAGUUUGAAGGCUCAGGCUUGUUUGAAGGCUCUGGGCUGUUUGAAGGUUCUGGGGAGGACUUUGAUGGCUCUGGAAGAGAGGAUGGAGGCGAUGAUGAUGCUGAGGAAGGUCCUGUGUAUUACUUUCUGGAAGAGAGUACCGGAUACAUGCAGCCCACUAUGUACGGCCUGUCCAUUCUGCACACCAUCAUCGCUUUCAUAACCAUCAUCGGAUACAACUGCCUUAAGAUUCCACUGGUAAUAUUUAGGAGAGAAAAAGAGCUGGCGAGAAAGCUGGAGUUUGAUGGUCUUUACAUCACUGAACAGCCAGAGGAUGAUGACAUCAAAGGCCAGUGGGACAGAUUGGUGCUAAAUACACCCUCCUUUCCCACCAACUACUGGGACAAAUUUGUUAAGCGAAAGGUUCUGGAUAAAUACGGAGAUAUUUAUGGACGCGAACGAAUCGCAGAGCUGCUGGGAAUGGAUCUGGCAUCGCUGGAUGUCAGCAAACAACAGACAGACAAGAAACACGAAGAGCCAGACAACUCCAUGCUUGCAUGGCUCACUUCCAUUGAUAUCAAGUAUAAGAUCUGGAAGUUUGGAGUUGUGUUCACAGACAAUACUUUCCUCUACCUGGUGUGGUACACAGUGAUGUCACUUCUGGGACAUUACAACAAUUUCUUCUUUGCUUGUCACCUUUUGGACAUUGCAAUGGGUGUCAAGACCCUGCGUACAAUUCUUUCCUCCGUCACACACAAUGGAAAACAGCUGAUGAUGACUGUGGGUUUGCUGGCUGUGGUUGUGUACCUUUACACUGUGGUGGCCUUCAACUUCUUCAGGAAGUUCUACAAUAAGAGCGAGGACGAGGAUGAGCCGGACAUGAAGUGUGACGACAUGAUGACGUGUUAUCUGUUCCACAUGUACGUGGGUGUGCGGGCAGGUGGAGGUAUAGGAGACGAGAUUGAGGACCCAGCCGGGGAUGAGUAUGAACUCUAUCGGGUGGUCUUCGACAUCACUUUUUUCUUUUUUGUCAUUGUCAUCCUGCUGGCCAUCAUUCAAGGUCUGAUCAUUGAUGCUUUUGGGGAGCUGAGAGACCAGCAAGAGCAAGUAAAAGAAGAUAUGGAGACCAAAUGCUUUAUAUGUGGUAUUGGGAGUGAUUAUUUUGAUACAACUCCACAUGGCUUUGAGACGCAUACGCUUGAAGAACACAACCUGGCCAAUUAUUUAUUCUUCCUGAUGUACUUAAUCAACAAGGAUGAAACGGAGCACACUGGGCAGGAAUCAUAUGUGUGGAAGAUGUACCAAGAGAGAUGCUGGGAUUUCUUCCCUGCUGGAGACUGCUUCAGAAAACAAUAUGAAGACCAGCUUGCAUAAAUGCAAUUCUGUUUUGUAUCUAGUUUUUAAACUAACAAAACUAUUAUCAUGUUAUGUGACAAACCAUGAUUUAUGUACAUUUAUACUUAGAAAUAACGUGCAUGCUAUUUAUGGAUAGUAUGUUUUUGGGUAGUUUAUAAUAAUUUAAAAUGUUCAUGUUACCAAUGACUCUUCACUGUGUGUCAUAUUGAGUUUUAGCCAAGUACCUAAAAGUACCCUUUGUUUCAUAAAUAUAAAUUGUAUUUGAUGUUCUUGCAGUUUAUAGCUUAAGCAUCCCACUUCAACAUCAGCUCGAACAUCAGAAUUGACUGUGAAAAAUUAAAUAAAAAGAAUUUAAAAAAUGUA